AAGACUCACAAAUUUAAAUUUUUAGUUCGCGUUGCAAGGAGUUAGUAGAGAGUUAGUUCAUAAGGUUGUUGUUUUUGUGACUAUCCUACCUGAUGGUUUACCUUUAUAACAGAGAAUACCGCCGAUUCAACAGUAACAAAAUUCAAUGUGUUCUGUGCUUAUUGAUCUAUAAGAUUUUUGACGACGGUAGCUAGAAGACUAAUAUUUACAUACCAAUACAGGCCAAGGAAAAGUAUUUUGACUUAUUCUCAUUAUCUGUCUUAAAUAUAAUACCAACCAAAACAUCUAACUUUCGUUUACUUGAAUGGGAUAAACUAAAUAUAGUUUUUACCAAAUAAUUCUAAUUAUUUGAAAAAAACUGCAAUAAUAGAACUCUUGGUAUUGGGAAAAGCUUAUCUAAUAUACACAGCUAAAGUAGUCUUAACUGCUUUGCGUUGUUAUUCAAUUACCUAUAACAAAGUAUUGGUACAAUUUCAUAAAUUUUAAGCUUAUUUAAAAUAAAAUCAAAGAAAAUGGCGAGCAUGUCAGUCACUGUCUCUCUUCAAAACUGUAUGGAAUUAAUAAUCUCUGCUAAAAAAAACAAAGCUAAUGUCAACAAAUACAUGUUUAUUUUAAAGCAGGUAAUGAAAGCAUUGAAUGGUUUAGAUUAUAGUUUUAUUCGACAUGGAGAGUUUUAUCAUGAUUUAAAAGAAACCAUAAACAAGAUUCGAUGUCAAAUUAACAUCUUGAUAAACCGAACAAAGUUAUCACAAAUUGUAAUGGCAAAAAAAGAUGGUAUGACAUAUGAUCAAAUUCAACAACAGAUUGAUGAUAUUUGUGGUCGCAUUGUUCUUGCUUCUGCUCAAAGACAGUUAGCCCGAAGAAAAAACUCUGUAAAUUAAUUAAAUUAGUUCAAUUUUUUUUUUUAACUUUAAUUAUAUCUUAUUUGUAUUCUAUAAUUACAUAAUUUUAAUAAUUUGUGUUAGAUCUUCUUUUUUAUGUUCUCAUUUAACUUUUUAAGGCAUUUAUCAUAAUCUGGUUUCAAAUCUUUUGUUAUGUCCUUCUUUUUUAUUUAAUGAACUUACAAAUUUUUGUAACUUGUUAAAUUUUAAUAAAGCCUAUUGUAAAUCUUUUUAAUAUAAAAUUGUUAUUAUUUAAA